CCAAGGGUGAUACAUUAAUUAUCACAUGCUAUUACCGCAAAAACAUUACUUCGUCAACAACACAAGUGUACCCCACAACGGAUACCGGUGUACCCUUGACCGGAACGGUGAAUGGCACUACGCCAUUUAAAACUGAACCUUUCAAAAGGACAAUAAAUAACACUAAUCAGUGGAAUUAUGAGGAAGACAACCGAAAUUCCAAUGCUCCACUUAUAGGUUCAGUAAUAGCCGCAGUGGUCAUUUUUCUUGGAUGUCUAAUAACCGUGACAGCUGUACUACUAAUUAAAUACAGGAAACGAAAUGCUGAUGCUAUGACAAAACGAAAGGUCGGUUGGCAAAAAAAGAACGCUUCAGAUGAAGUGCAAGUCCUACCAGAAGACGAUGCUGAGUAUACGUAUAUUGAUGACUGCCCUUCCAUAAACGCGGAAAGCAGUAAUUCAACAAAGAAGAAGACACUUGUUGCUGUACACGUACCUUGCCACUCUGACGCUAUCGUAUGUACGAAACAGGCAAGUGUGUACGAGAGCCUAACUGGUGAUCGUUCUACUGACGGUGAAUACGCAAGUAAACUGGAAAUAACUGAAGCAAGAAAGCAAACUAGCAAGAACACAUUUGAUGCAGUACACGUACCUUGCCACUCUGACGCUAUCGUAUGUACUGAGCAGGCAAGUGCAUACGAGAGCCUAACCAGUGAUCGUUCUACUGACGGUGAAUACGCUAGUAAACUGGAAAUACAUGAAGCAAGCUAUCAAUGGGUUACUGUCGAUGAGGAUGCAAAACCUAACGAGGACGAGAUCGAACCAGAUGGUUCCGCAGAUGUGACAGCAGGCGACAUGUACCUUACAGUCGUUGACAACGACUAGACGUUGGUGAUGAAAACAGGCGAUACUUGUGUCAUAGAACAGUGUACAUGAUGAAAAUUCCAUAAUAGUGUAUGUAAUGAAAUCACAAUUAUAUUAUACAAACUUAAUAUCACAUAAUAACUGGCAUAAUGAAAAGUCUGGAAAAUGUAAAGCAUGAACACCCAAAAGUGUGUACCUAAUGAGAAUGCAAUAUAGUAUACAUAAUAGAUUUAGUUGUUAUCAACACGUAUGCAGUCUUAUCUGAACGUUAAGAAAAACAAUUAAAAAUCAAAUUAAAGCAUUCAUACAAUUUAGGAUAAACAGACUCCUUUUGCGUUAAUAAUAAGCAAAUUUGAUAGUUUAAGUUUCAAGGUCUACAAAGAUAUUUCAAACUUAAUGGCCAAGUGUUUAGCAAGUAGAAAGUCUCCAUAAACGAAAUACACUGCCGUGACGAUAUCACUUACAUAUCAUACAUUUUAAAAUUGGACAUUUUUGUUGUAUUAUGUUGUAAGUAUGUGUUAAGUUAAGAAAUAUCUAUUUAAUAUAAAAAAGAACAAUAUAAACACCUCAAAUUGGCGAUAUAUUUUUAUCAAGCAAUAAAUGGUGAAAGGAUAAAGAGGUUGGGAAAGAAUCGUGUGAUUGUUGCAGUAAUAUAUCACCUGACUAUGAACAUAACUUAUGUGUCUUCAACUUAAGCAUGAUUUUUGUCGUCGUGUAUAUUUUAGUCAUUACCUAAAUAUCAUCUUUAUCCGUGUUUUCUAUUAUUUAAUCUGCAUAAAAACGAAAUAAUUGUACUGGACAGUAAACUUUCAACGGUUAUAAUUAUAUGUAAAUGAUUGUAUUCGUGCAUAUGUUACGUUUCGAGAUAAGUUCAAAUUAAAUGCGUCAUUUAUGUCUACCACUGUUGCCUUGGCGACACGACGUUAAAAAAACACGUUGUUUUAUAAAUUGCUAGACAUUGGAAUCUCAUUAAAAUCAUCUCCAAUUUGACGCUUGCACGCUUCCAGCGACAACCUAUGGAGUGAAAGUUAUAAUUUAAUAGUUGCGUGCCAUUCAUGGUUACGUAUGGGGCUUUUUAAAUAGGUAUAUAGUAAUGCGUAUAUAGAAUCAAAAUUAUAAUAAGGAUCGAUUUAUGAUUUUAUUCUGUUCUAGUGUAAUUCAAACAAAAGAUAAUAUUAUUAAAAAGAAAGUCGGAUUAAGCAACAUACUGCAAAACUCGAAGAGACUAUGUAAUUAAACUGCGAGGCCGUUUAUGCACGUCACUUGUUUAACGUGGACUUGUUGACAGAUGGGACCAUUUUGUUUAGUGUAAAAAUAAAUGCUAUUAACUGCUAGAUUAUAACCGUGGAUCUUAAGAGCUUUUUAAUAAUUUAUAUAAUAUCUUUUUGAAAAACAAAGAAUAAAAAACGCUUGUUUCCAGUGUAGCUCGAACAUUUGUCCUUUUGGUUAAAAGGCGCCACUCGGCCAUCCUGACUAUUACAUGUUAGCUAGCAAUUACACUUAAGUGUUGUGAUAUAAGUCUAUUCCAAGGAUCACAUUCGUUUCGAGUUUAAAAUUUGUCAAGAUAUAUGACCAAUAUACCGAUGUACAACACGCAUUCCGGUGAACAUAGAUUUCCCGUUAGAUUUUGGAUGUUUUUUGUAUUUUGUUCGAUAUCAAAAUGACACACGAUUAUUUCGAUUAUAUUAAAAUAUAUAUUCCUUAAACAUUUUCAAGAUAAACAUAGAUUGUUCUUUACUCUUUUGUAAAUAUAAUGGCUAACUUACUUUAAAGUAUUAAUGGCAAACCAUUGGGUACUGAAUAAAAGGAGGUAACUAACGUUCAAUUGUUAAUUUACUCAUUGCACUUUUCUCCCUUUUUGUGUAGUUGUCAUCUACCAUGGUAAUUAUCAAGUCCGAUAAUUGGCGUCGCACUGAAGUGCGGCGACUUGUAUGUAAUACGUUUUUUUUUCGCUUAUAGGAGGAGAAGUUAUUUUACGGAUCAAUGUAUAUAUUUUUGUUGUCAGAAUAUCUUGUAUAGUGGUGAUUUUUGUGUAAAUUAGUGUAAAUAAGUUCUGCAUUCGUGCUUAUUACAUUAACUACAUUAUUUAUUGCCAAUAAUGCAAAGCUAAUUCUUUUAACUAAUAACUGAUCACAGGGACUGGGUAAUAAUAAAAGAUCACAGGGACUGGGCAAAUACGCGAACCGGUGAAACUUUCUGGUUUUGUAUAAAACAAAACUUCUUUGUUCCACUAUCCAAGCAACCACCUAGUUACUGAUAAAGGCGCUAUAGAGCGCGAAGCGCGACACGUAUUAUUAAUUGUAAUAAUGAGUCUUGAUAAAGCAAGCAGCCGCUUAUCAAUGAGGAGCACCAUCACAGCACCCCAGUCUCAUUACUAUCAAGUCCUCCUACAGGUUUUUUUAAGAACCACAUAUAGAAGGCCGCAGGCCUAACCCGUAUCUUGCCAGUGGUAUGGAACCUUUAGUAUGGACCUUUAACCCCGCUCACUAUCCAGCGUUUAAACUUCCGUGUUUACAUUUAAACCGAAUAUUAAUAGCUUAUUAAUAUCUUAGUUAGAAGGUGAUUUUUCAAGCGGUUCAGUAGUGUAGUGGUUACACGCUUGCUUCACAUGUGAGAGGCCCAAGGUUCGAGCCCUAGUAGAAUCAAAAUAUUUUAUUUGUGUUCUAUGUUAACUUUUUGUUUUGAUGUAGACAUUUUAGUUUAAAUAAAUAUGCUGUUUUAUUGUAACCAUUUU